CUCUGUGUUUACCAUCUCUGAUCCCUGCUGACACAGCGCACAAACUCUCGCGGAAUCAGCAGCAGAUCUGACCAAAACCUCUAUGCGGAGCCAUUUCCGGGUCAGGAGGAGGCUGAGGAGGACAGGACGACAGGCGGACUUGAUGACUGGAGGUAUUUAGGAAUAAAGUGACCAGGAUAUUGGAUGUGUUGCUAACCCCGGACCUAGCUAAGGUUCCUGUCAGCCUGCUCGCUGGUCACAUGAAGUGAAUCCACCGAAGGAGGAAGAAGGAUGUCGGAGCAGGAUCAGGAUCCGGCUCUGCAGACCUCUUUGGAGGUCUCUGAAAGUUCUGGGAGGCAGAAUUCAUCAGAUGAGAACGGACACGCUGACAGCCCGGAUGAGACUCUUUCCCCCACCUCUGUGAUUUACUUCAAGGAGGCUUUAAACUCCUCCAACUUGAGAUUUGGGAAGGCUGGGUCUCUGUCACCGUCACCCACUCCACUUCGACGCUUUGACUUCAAGAUCGAAAGGAUCGACUCCAAACGCAGAGAUCCCAAGGACCCCAUCGCCAUCGAAAGGCUGAACUUGAUGAACAUGGCCAAACUGAGCAUCAAAGGCCUGAUCGAGUCCGCGCUCAACUUGGGACGCACGCUCGACUCUGACUAUGCACCUCUGCAGCAGUUCUUUGUGGUGAUGGAGCACUGUCUGAAACACGGGCUGAAGACCAAGAAGACCUUCCUGGGGCAGAACAAGUCCUUCUGGGGGGCGCUGGAGCUGGUGGAGAAGCUGACACCUGAGGCUGGAGAGAUCACUGCCAGUGUAAAAGACCUGCCUGGCCUCAAAACUCCUCUAGGACGAGGGCGUGCGUGGUUACGGCUGGCUCUGAUGCAGAAGAAACUCUCAGACUACAUGAAGACCAUCAUCAACAGAAAGGACCUGCUCAGUGAAUUUUAUGAGGCCAACGCGCUGAUGAUGGAGGAGGAGGGAGCUGUCAUCGCUGGCCUGCUGGUUGGACUAAACGUCAUUGAUGCCAAUCUGUGUAUGAAGGGAGAGGACCUGGACUCUCAGGUCGGAGUGAUUGAUUUUUCGAUGUACCUCAAAGACGGAGGUCACAGCAGUAAGAGUGCGGAGGGGGACGGUCAGAUCACAGCCAUCCUGGAUCAGAAGAACUAUGUGGAGGAGCUGAACAGACAUCUAAGUGCAUCAGUCAACAACCUCCAAGCCAAGGUGGACGCUCUGGAGAAGUCCAACACCAAGCUCACAGAAGAGCUUGCAGUGGCAAACAACAGGAUCAUCACUUUGCAGGAAGACGUGGAGAGAGUCGUGGAGGAGAGCUCCUAUCAGUUUGAGUCCAGGAAGGCAUCCAGAAGCGAUUCAGUAGCAGAUGGACAAGCUCUUGGUGAAACACGCAAGCAGCUCAAAGAGGAAACUUCGCUUCGAUUGGACGUGGAGAAGGAGCUGGAGGUGCAGAUCGGCAUGAAACAGGAGAUGGAGUUGUCGAUGAAGAUGCUGGAGAAAGACGUCUGCGAGAAGCAGGACUCUCUGGUGGAGCUGAGACAGCAGCUGGAGGACCUCCGUGUCAUCAACCAACAGCUGGGCCACAAAUCGCAGAGCACUGAGGCGAGCUCCAAACAGAAGAGUGAAGCCAUCGCUCGCCUGGAGGAGAAAAUCAACCAGAUGACCGGGACUGUUAAACAGCUGGAGACCAGAUGCAAACAGGCCGAGAGAGAGAGGGACGUGGCUUUUGAGGCCAACCGGCUCUUCAAGCAGGAGUUUGGAGACAAAAUCGAGAGUCUGCAGGAGGAGGUGGAGCAGCUCAGGAAGCACAGGUCUCAUCUGGAGCUGGAGCUCAGAAAAGAGCGAGAGCGAAAGAGUGAGCAGCAUCAUGAAGCUUCGUUUGCACAGUCCGGCCCCCCUCACAGGAAGAACCCAGAGAACAUCCCUAAAGUAAACCUGCUGAGUCAUGUAGACUUAAUAUCAGAGAAGGUCUUUUUUUUUUUGUUCUCAUGCUCUACGUGUGUUUGUUACCAACAGCGUCACAGCGGAGGAGAGGACAAAACGAGUCUGAGCUCCAGCCUGUCCUUAUCGCACCACGAGGACGAGCAGGAGGAGUCAUUCGUGGAGAUCAGUCAGCCUACCAUCUGUACGAUGUGUGAGCAGGAGGACUCGCUCUUGAAAACAAAGAAACAGUGUAAGAACUGCAGCGGGUUCUUCUGUCUGAGCUGUGUGUCCAACCAGCUGCCGCUACCCUCCUCCAUCCUCCCAGAGACCGUGUGCACCGCCUGCUACUCCCUGUUACUCCAACAGUACGCUUCAACGCCUCCAUGAAAAGGAGAUCCUCUGUGAUGAGUGGCAUGAAACACCCCGAGGCAUUUAAUGUAAAACAAAAACAACAAAAAAAGCACUUUUUGACUUCAUGACUGGAGACGAUGUGAGAGAGCUGAUGGAGUCGUGCAGGUUUUGAACUUGCACAGAGUUGAAAGCAGUUUCAGAACAUGUUCCAUACAGAGCUUUAAGAUGCAGGGUUUUUAUUUUGAAAAGACUCCUGUAGCUGUAACUCUUCCUUUGAAUGCUGGGCUGUUGUGGUAUUUCUUUUCUAGUGAAAUGUGCAUUUAAAAAGCGUAAAAAUGCAACAAGCUGGAGGUUAAAUCAUCUCAUAUAUAUAUAUAUAUAAAAACUGACUUUAAAACGCGGGCACCAAGUGGAUCACUGAUUAAAGAUCACCUGAGGGUAUUCAACUCAGUUUUAAAGAUUAGAAACUGGGUUAUCUGACACAACUCUGAUGUUAAGCUCAUCUGUAUUUAUUAGUUUAUACAGCGGUUUCUAAUCUAUCAUGACAAAAUCAAAUACAUGAAACACCUCUGACCAAAAACUCUCUUCUUGCCUGAUUCUAAAUAAGUGUUAUAAAACUGCAAUGCAUGAUUAAACAGCAGCAGAGGACAAAUAUUGAAGCUCUGAGUCAGGAAUCUUGAUCUGCUGCACUCUAUUUAUUCUGUUAUAGUGGUGUUAACAUGUGACAUGGCACAUUACAUAUCAUCCAGGUUUGGUGUUCAUGCUGCAGGUCAAAAGGUCAUUCUGCUGUGCAGUUUUUAAAGGAGUUUGAGCACAAGAUGAGAAGAUUCUCUUGUCUUUAGAAUGUAGCUUAGCUUAGUUUAGCUUCGCCGAAACACUUGAAAGGGGGAGGGGAUGAGUUGUGCAAUGAAGCACCUUUUAAAGAUGUUCGAUCUGGCUUCUUAUGGUUUACAUCGCUGAAUAUCCCGGGGUGUCACAUUUAUUUCGUGUUGCUUUGUGUCAGGUAGAAGAACGGCUCAAAAGUCCUCCUCUGUUGAUCCUCUGCAUCACAGCCUCGUUCCCACACUCUCCUCUUUCGGACCUCCUCAGAUAUCGCAGCACUUUUAAAAAGCUCCGCUCUCUGCAGCGAGCUCAUCAGUUCAUCUUCAUAAUAAAAGCUGUUUUUUAAGUUCUGUUGAUUUCUAUGAAGAAUUAUUAGAAGCUCAGUUUAAUAUGUAGAUGUUGUUGAAGCUUAUUAACACAUGAGAUAGAAGCGCUUCUUAGAUCAAUAAACUUUUAUUGAAUUUUA